AUGGCUGCCAUAAGCGGGUCGAGUAAAAAUGAUGCGCUGUAUAUUUCACUCCUGGGCUUAGCAGAAAACUUUAGAGUGUCAAAUCCACCAAAUAUAAGGCUAUGUAUUCAUUGUCUUCAAUCUAUAUUCAACAUAAACCCUCCUCCUCUUAUUGUAUCUCGAACGCACCUGCAAUUAGGGAAUAUUCUACUGGCGCACACGAAAAACAAAGAGUUAGCCACUCGGCAUUUGGAGCAAGCUUGGACCGUAUCAAUUGCUUUGCCUUCUUCAGAGGAAGCAGACUUGGUGAGGUUUGAAUCAGCCAGUGAACUAGCCACAUUGUAUGAAAAAGAUUAUCGCUAUGAAGAUGCCAAGCCAGUGCUACAGAAAGCUAUUGAGGUGUCCCAACAGUCAGCAUACUGGCACUGUAGACUUAUCUUCCAACUGGCACAAAUCUAUGCCAUUCAGAGAGACUAUGUCUCUGCCUGUCACUAUCUUCAGAUGGGGGCAGACUUCGCAGGCUCUGCACAUUCAGAAUACACAAGACUUCUCUUCAUAUUAAGCAAGGGAAUGUUGCUGCUGAUUGCCAAGAAAACCACAGAAGUCCAUGACACACUUAGUGCUGCUGGUCAAUUUAUUGAGGCGUACAGUGGAACACCUCUACAGAAAGAAUCACUCAAAGUCUUCUUCUUUGUGCUACAAGUCUGCCAUUAUCUCAUGGCUGGACAGGUUAAAACAGUUAAACCAGUUUUGAAAAACCUUCAGCAAAUCAUCCAGACCAUCACUCAACUUCAUACAGAUGAAGAACCAGUCCCUGCUAAUGAGCUGGAUCUGUUUCAGUGGCUGCCAAUUGAACAUAUGUGCAUAUUAGUGUAUUUGGUGACAGUAAUGCAUUCAAUGCAAGCAGGGCAUAUGGACAAAGCUCAAAAAUAUACAGACAAGGCUUUGAUGCAGAUAGAAAAGUUAAAAAUGUUGGACUCGCACCCCCUCCUGUCCGCCUUCCAGUUAAUGCUACUAGAACACAUCAUCAUGUGUCGCCUGAUCAUGGGCAACAAAACACUGGCUAUUCAGGAGAUUUUCCAGGCCUGUUCUGUUUGUCAGCAGCAACCAAGAUUAUUCACAACUCAUGGAGCCCAAAUACAUACAUUAUUAGGGCUUUAUGCAAUGUCUAUGAACUGUAUGGAUGCUGCAGAAUUACAGUUCCUAACAGCAAUUAAGCUUUCACAGGGGACAGAACUGGAGAUGUUUGUAAAUUUGAAUUUGGCCAUUGUCUACCUUCGAACAAAUCGCUUGCCAGAAUUUAUGUCCAUAAUGGAAAAAGUGGAUCCAGAAAAAUGCCAUUCAUGUCCUCACAGUUUACAAGCAUCUGCAUUCUAUGUCCGAGGAUUGCAGACAUUUUUCCAGGCUCGCUACAAUGAAGCCAAACGAUACCUAAGAGAAACUCUAAAGAUGGCAAACUCCGAAGAUCUGAAUCGCCUCACCUCAUGUUCUCUAGUCCUUCUGGGUCACAUUUUCUUAUCCCUGGGAAACAAUGCUGAGGCAUUAAAUAUGGUCACUCCUGCAAUGCAAUUAGCAGGAAAAAUAUCUGAUGUCCAUGUUCAGCUGUGGGCCUCUUCACUUCUCAAAGAUCUGUACAGACUUUGUGGGGACACUGCUAAUGAACAAGAGGGAUACAGAAUGCAUAAUACUUUUACUCAGUCCUUGCUGAAAGAUCUUCUACAGUCCUCCCAACUUCCGGAACACGGACUCAUACACUGGACUGAAGGACCAUGUCCAUUUCAUCUGAACACAUCACAAGCUACAAACAGUGUGAUAUGAUCAUCUUGACCCCCCCCCCCCCCUUUCUUAUAACAAGUCACAUGCAGUUAACUUUCCAGUUGUUGAACAUCCUAAUUUCAUCCUGGGAUGGAUUAGGGGUAUAAAACCAUGCAGAAAGGAUUUACAGUAUAGGAUUAUUUUCAAGUCCAUAAAAAAACAACUUUAAUGAGUAAUGCAAUUUCAAUGUAAAGCAGGUGAAAUUUAUUUCAUUUUGGAUAUUUUUUAAGUGUGAAAUUAUGUAAAUCAUGUUGUGAUUUUAUUAGAUCUGCAGUUUGAUAUACAUGUGUUUUAGCCAAUAUCAUAAUGUUGUGUA